UAAUCCAGACGCAGACGGAAGUUAGGUUCUCAGAACGGCCGCGACUUCUUGCGGAUUUAUUUACAAACAAAUCCUCUUUGCUCUUCCAUGGCGGCCUUUCAAACAGGGGACAUUGCCGCUUUCCAGACCAUUGAAGUGUCUAGUGAUGAGAAUGGGGCGUUUGUGCUGGCUGCAGAAGAAGAUGACAGGAGAGAAGACACUGAGUUCAACAAUGAUGCAACCAUCCUCCUCAUCAAGUUUAUCAGAAGGCGUUACAAUGAACUGCAGUACCAGCGCACAAGACCCCAGGUUUACAGGGAUGUUUAUGAAGAACUCUGUAAACAUGGUUAUAAUUUCUCUGUUGAGAGAAUCAGAAGAAAAUGGAAUAAUCUCCUAGGUAGCUACAAGAGAGUCAAAAAGUUAAAGAAGACAAGAAAGCUACAGUGGGAAUACUAUCAGAUUCUCAACGAUUUUUUGCCACCAGAAUUUGGAGAAGAAGGUACAGACAGUUACUCAAGGUAUAUGCCUGAGUCUCCCAGUUACACCAUUAGAGAUUCCUACACACCCUCAUCCAGCUCACAGAAUUUUCCGUCAUCAGUGACAGUCCAUGUCCCUCCACCAUCCAUUGGAAAAGAAAUAGAAAGGGGAACAAAGCGACAGGCUAUGAUGGAACAGUAUGUGCAGCAGCUCAAGGAGAGGGAUUUCAACGAGGAAGCAUACAAAAAGAGAAAGGAGAAGAGAGAGAGAAUGAAAGUGAGAGCACUGAGAAAGAUCAGUAAAGAGCUUCAAAACAUUGCUAAAACCCAGUGUGAAAUCCUAAGUAAGCAAGAACAGAUACUCAUGUAUAUAAAUAAUAAGGAGGUUUGAUUCAGAUUUUUUUUUUCUUCUUCUUCUUCUUCUUCUUCUUCUUCUUCUUUUCUUUUCUUCUCUUUCCAUGUUACCCAUAAUCUAAUGUUAUGUCUUGAAACCAUAUGAUUUUUCUGAUCUAUUUAAUUUGUUUUUCACCUCCUUUGCUUCUCUCUCUCUCUUUCCUUUUUGAAUUCCUCUUGUAGGAAGUGUGUGUACCUACCUAUUAUGCUUGUAUCUUGUUAUCUCAGGGAAUGACUUCUGAGAUUUUGCAAAAUGUAAUCUAAGACAAGCCUUAGUCAGCAAAGAUCUAAGUAGGCUAUAAUAUGUAAAAUAGGAUGAUUUGUGUACUUGUAAAUAUUUAGAAAUUAUUUUAUCACAUUUCAUAUUCCCUCAUUUGAAAUCCACUACCAGUAUGGUAUUGAUAUUGCCUUAGUAUCCAAUGAUAAAGUUCUAGUUUGCCAUAUUAUAUUAAAGUCUACCUCUUUCAGAGUAUAUCACUGAUUUUAAUAUAAAGCAUAUAUAUGUAUAUUAUAGUGUGUAAGGCAAUAAGUGAUUUUCAUGAAGUGAUUGAACACCAGUCUCAGUUUGUAAGCAAUUACCUUUCCAUGAAUUUCAAAAUAAAAAAAAAUAGACAAUUUUGAAAUAUGA